UCUCCCCGGCGCGCGCACACACACACACACACACACACACUCACACACACUCUCACACACACACUCACGGCUGCAGUUCACUUCAUUGUACUGACUGCGCUCAUCAAUUAGGCGAGAAAUAACAUUUUUUAAGGGUUAAGCAGAUUUCCUGGGAGCACUUCGGAGGGGACGUUUCACACCGCGGACGGAAGGUGCGGAUUAAGUUUUUUUGGAGUGCGGAGGGGGGGAAAAAAGCCGGAGAGAAACGACACACAGCCAUGCCCUCAGUGAUGGAGCGCUCGGGGUCCGGGGUCCUGUCCAGGAGCAGAGCUAAGACUGUAACCAACGGCAACAGCCAACCCCACUCGGAAGAGGAGAGCAGCGAUGAAGAGCACGCUCAUGACAGCAUGAUCAGAGUGGGAGGAGACUACCAAGCUCAGAUUCCAGAGUUCAAACCAGAUAGUCCAACCCGCCACAAUGAGAGGGACCAGAGGAGCAUGUUGGUGUGGUGCCCCAACAGUCAGCUGUCUGAUGCCAUGUUGGACGAGUACAUCCUGAUGGCCAAAGAGAAACAUGGAUACAACAUGGAGCAGGCCCUGGGCAUGUUGUUAUGGCACAAACACGAUGUGGAGCGCUCACUUGCCGACCUGGCCAACUUCACCCCCUUUCCGGACGAGUGGACGGUGGAAGAUAAAGUGCUUUUUGAGCAGGCCUUCAGCUUCCACGGCAAGAGCUUCCACCGUAUCCAGCAGAUGCUUCCAGACAAGCUGAUCUCGAGCUUGGUGAAGUACUACUACAGCUGGAAGAAGACGAGGACCAGAACCUCAGUCAUGGACCGACAGGCCAGGAGGCUGGUUAGCAAGAGAGAGAAAGAGGACAGUAAUGAUGACCUGGAGGAAGGCGACCCUGGCAGUGACAGUGACUUUGAGAUUGACACAAAGAAAGAGGCAGUGAAACAGAAUCCAAACAAUGCCAACUCUGACAAGGCGAUGCCCAGCCGCUCUGGGCCGGUGAAAAAGGAAAGUAUCGGAGCUCAGUACCGCCACCACCCGCUCAGGGCCCGCCGCAGGCCCCCCAAAGGCAUGUACCUCGAGCAGGGAGACAUCACGUCCCUGUCAGCUUCCAACGACGCAGGAGUGCUGACUGUACGGCAGCUGGACACACAGUUGGUAUCUCUCAAGAGACAGGUUCAGUCGAUUAAACAGAACAACAGUAGUUUGAAACAAAGUUUAAAUGAAGGCGUUGGUACUUUCAAACCUGCUGAGCCUGCACCUAAGAUGAACUCUCGUUGGACCACAGAGGAGCAACUCCUGGCCGUGCAGGCUAUACGUCGCUAUGGUAAAGACUUCACUGCCAUUGCUGAGGUGAUAGGAACCAAGACGCCAGCUCAGGUGAGCUCUUUCUUUGUGAGCUACCGGCGCCGGUUCAACCUGGACGAGGUGCUGAGGGAGUGGGCGGCCGAGCAGGUGGCGACCAGCCGAGACCAGCGAGACCCCAGGAGGAGCGCUGAGGAGCUGUCAGCUGCUACAGACGGAGCCGCAGACGAGGACGAGGUCAAGAUGGAAGACUCUCCCUCCGACCUCGCCGAGGGCUCCUCUCCCCCCUCCUCCUCCUCCUCCUCCUCCCAGGCUCCCUCCUCCCUGUCCCAGCCACCUCCUCUGCUGCGCCCCGCGCCUCCCUCGGCUCCCCCGAGCCUCCUCCGUCAGCCACCUCCCCUGCAGACGCGCCCGCUCCAGAACCGAGCGCCCCACAACCACCCUCCGCCGCCCCUCAUCAGGCCCGCCGUGACCACCUCGUCCACCUCCUCCAACGGGAGCGCCAGCCUCAGGGCUUCACCUCCCAGCUCCUCCUCCACUGCAGUGCAGGUGCCUCCGUCACUGGUCGGGCUGAAAGUGGAGCAGCCCAACUCCCACUGAUGCACACGCACACGCACACGCACACCUACACACACACAAAUUACUCAAACACAUAAAUACACACAUCCUCACACAUACACAGACAGUUUUAUUUAUAGGAAAAUAAACAUCCAUACACACCAAAAACAGCAUGUAGACAAAAUACCAACACAUUCCUUCACCCUGUAACUCCAUCUUGGAAGCCUUUGUUCCCGGGACCAUCACACGUCACAUGACCACAUGAAUACACUCAGGCCCCUAAGGUGACAUCAUAGCUCUUAAAAUGUGACAGAAAGAGUGAGGACCCCCCCCCCCCCAGGUCCACUUUGUAAGGGCAACGGCCUGCAGCCCCUUUACUGUACUAACAAACACCUACCUCCAGACCAACCAUCUCUUGCGUCACCACACACACACACACACACACACACACACACACACACACACACACACACACACACACCAACAACCUAGGAACUCACAACAAACACUACCUGCACACUGCUCUCAGUACAAAAUGCGAAGAGAGACACUGGAUUGUCAAGCUGUUGAAGAGAUACCAUGACCACGGAGCGAAACCCAUCUGCGCGUUUCCAUGGCAACUGCUGAACAUCUGGAUUACAGAGGAGUGUGUUUGAACUCAUGCGCACACACACACACACACACACACACACACUGGAAACCUAGACUCCACUUGGGAAGGUAUCAAGUCAUCCAAAGCGACCUCCAGGAAAAAUCUAAUAAUGAAUAGAAGUGUUGCAUCCCAUCCGAGUCAAACCUGCUCCGUCCUGGAUCAGGAACUCAUUCAGGUGUUCCAAGAAACACGCCUUCCUGUCGUUGAGCUGUGCUUUAAAACCAAGAUGCUUAUAAAGGAGCGUAAAGGUACUCUCGCUGAAGAAGCAGGGCUUUAUCGCUGAAGCUACGAGAUGAUUGCUUCGGCUUUUUAAUCGUUGAAGCUGUUGGUGCAAAAAAUGGAGAGAAAAAAAAAGAAGAGCAAGAGCUGAGACGUCUCCCUCUUCUCUCAUAGCCAUGUAUUACUAGUAUUUACUGGAGUGACGUCCCCCCCCCCUUUUUUUUUGACUAGACUUUUAAAGUGAGCCCCUAGAUACAUUAGUUGUUGUAGUAGUUGAGGUAGUGCAAACUUUAUUAUGAUGAUGGUGAAAGCUGACUGAGCACUAAGGAGAGAAAAGUCCUGAACACGGGGUGGACUCACUUUCAUGAAGACAUUGGCCUCGGCUAUUUUUUCCUUUGUGUUGGAAGACCUACUGCUAUUUUCUUUUUUAUCUUUAAUUUCUUUGAGCAGUAUGUUCUGUUGUGAAUGGCUUUAACAGCAGAAGAAACAUCAGUCUCUGUGGAAGACGUGUGCAGACGACUGACUCUUGAACGCGGGUUACAGCGAGGGCCAGACGUGACCUCCUACAGACGCUGAAAACAAAAUGUUGUGCCAAAGUCUUUCCUUGCUUUAAAAACUCAUCGACCCACCAAAUUCUCAUAUUUCCAGUGAGCUGUUGAGCAGCAGAGUGUGAACCUUACAUUGUUGAUUUACAUUAAGGAUGAGUCCAGAUGUGUGAAGGGAAAAAAAACUUCUGUGUCUGUAUGCUGACUGUGAAGUGACAGCGAGUCUUUCUCCUUGCAAAGUUAACACAAUCCGCCUGCUAGCAUCUCCUAAGCCUCCAAACGAAAGAGCUAUUUCAUGUUGAAUAGAGAGAAAUGGGUUAGUUUGGAGAGUUCUUUUCUUUUCCAGCUUGUGUUUAUUUCUUUCUUUUGGUCAGGACUAACAAUGAUCUGUAGUAACUGCUGGCUGCCAAGAAACACUUUCCAGGUAAAAUAAAAGGCUCUCUAACGUGGCUUCUUGAGUUUUAUGGACUAAAUGAAGGAGAUAAUGCUUUGUCAUUUGGUGAGAUGCUGGCAGGCAUUUUUUUUUUUUUCUUCUUUUGAACAAAGCCAAGUAGGAUGAUUCCAUCUGUUUCAAGUCUUUAUGCUAAGAUAGCUGUUGAAGUAGUUCCAUACUGACCUGUGAGCGAUAAAUAACCCUUUGCAAGAAAGUGACUUUGAAUGUGUAUUUACUGAAAAGCAAACUAUUCAUACAACUCCUCUGUACGUCAGCCUGACUAGCACAUGUUGGUUGAGAUUGCGUCACAGCAUGUCAGAACAAUUACACAGGUGGAUUUUUACAAAGAUGGCAGGAACACUUCCUUAAGCCCUCUGCGUCCAGGAGAAGCCGUUUUCUGUCUGCGAGUUCCUUCUCCGGUCACAGAAGGAUUUUAACGGCUGCUGGGAGAAGUGAUUUAGCCGAUGAGCUUGCUGAAAGUGUUUCAUCUUGUGUUUCAGACGUGUAACAGUUUGUCUUCGGAAAUGUUCCGUUAGCUUGUGGUGAUGUUGGCCACGUCCAUGAGCACAUGCAGGUGACCGAAUGCUCCUCUGCUGUGGAGACAUAUUUGUAGUUGAAUCCGUCAGUCCCUGCCAAUUCUUCUCCACAAACUCUCCGCCUGUGUAUCUCUACCUUUUGUGAGCGGACCUGGCAUCAGACCUCGUGUAUAAUCUGAGUUCAGUGCUUCGCCACAGAUACAGUCUCACAUUAGCUACUUUUGUUAGCAGAGGCCUUCAGGGUUCAAAUGUACACAGCACUAAGCAGGAACCAGAGCAGCCUACUGUGUUUGGCUUUCAAGUGGAUUGACUUUUGACUUUGCCUGGACUUGUUUUCUCACAUUUGUCCCCCCCCCCCUUUUUUUUUUCCUUCCAAAAAAACUGCUUGUGUGUACUGUAUGUGAGAAGUUGUUUACAUUGUGGAAACUGAACUGUUUGUGUUUGAGAAAUGUUUUUUUCUAGAAUAAAGAAAUGACCA